AAACAAUAUGUCGGCGCCCGUUAUGAACGGUAUCGACAGCUGAAUGUGUAGCUCUAAGUUAAUGGUAAGAAAGGUGGAGCGCUGAAAUGUCCGACGUUCCUAAUGAAACACCUGCUGGCUCCUCGGGCGACGGUGCUUGGUCCAUGCCCCUGCCAGCAUUCACCAAGGAGGACAACCCGCAUGGCGUGCUGUGCGAGAGUGCAUUUGCCACCCUUUUCCCUAAGUACCGCGAGAAGUACUUGCGUGAGUGCUGGCCUCUGGUCAAGAAGACACUCUCCGAACAUGGUGUGAAUGCAGAAUUGGACGUGAUCGAGGGCAGCAUGACAGUGACGACAACGCGCAAGAUGUGGGACCCAUACAUCAUUCUCAAGGCACGCGACAUGAUCAAGCUCCUGUCGCGCAGCGUGCCGUACGAGCAGGCCAUCCGGGUGCUGGAAGACGGUGUGGGCUGUGACAUAGUGAAGAUUGGCAGCCUGGUGCGCAACCGGGAGCGGUUCAUCAAGAGGCGCCAGAGGCUGCUGGGACCCAAUGGUACCACACUCAAGGUGUGAACCCUUUUACGGCUGUAUCUGCUGCGCUUGGUGGUCAAUUCUGCCCAUUGUCAUUUUGUGGCUCAAAACUUCCGACUCUUCAUGGCACAUUUUUAACACAAUAAUGCUAAGGGCUCUGUGUCGCAGAAAAUCUGGCGUCGGUGUCCUGCAUCCAGCGGCCUGCGUCGGACAUCGUUUUAGCACAAAGAAUUUGGAACCACACAUACCCAGGCCCUCCAUGUGGUGAAAGGAAGUUACUGAACUAAUUGAAUUUCUCAAGCUUAAAUUAGUAGAAAAAUGGUAAAGUACGACAUACACACAACCUGCAUACAUGAUAGCGUCGGAUUAUAAGUUGAAUAUACGAGAAAAUAUAAUUCUCUUAUGCAAAAAAACAAAAAAAAAAACACACACACACAAACCCCUUUUCCAGCAUUUCUACCAUUCAUAGAACGGCCAUAGCCUCCCAGGUUUGCGCAUGUAAAUCCCAAAGGCUAUAAAGUGGCAUGCCCAGUUCCUUCCAACAUCUCCACAAGGCGCUCGCCUCCGCUGCAUCUUGGCCCACAAGAGGCCGCGUUUCUACCAGAAGGCUUGCCUUCAUUCAUAGC